CGUAAAGCGGCGGCGGCGGUUGUUUUCACACAGAGACUCUAUUUUGUUGUGAGUUUGUUUUUAGUUUUUCUUUCGUGGAGCCUCGAGCCGAGAUCUGUUGUUUGUCUGUCUGUCAGUCAGUCAGUUUGUCUAUUGUUGGUUGGAACUCUGCAACAACAAAAAUAACGACAACAACAGCAGCGUUACGUUGUCGUUGCCGUCGUGGACGGGUUAGAAGGCUUGGCAGCCCUGUAAUAGCCAUUAACUGUGAAUGUUAAGUGCGUGUGAGUGUGUGUGUGUGUGUGAGCAUAUGGGCAGCAUGCCAGUACGUGAUAUUUAAUUAAAUCAUAUGAUAAUUUGAACAAACACCAACAACUACAACAAAAUCAAUUACUUUGUUAAUAUCGAAGAAAAUGCGUUCAAUUGAAUUCAAUUGAAAUUAUGCCAAAAGCUUUGAUAUAUUUGCCGACGGCUUUUUGCAAAAUACUGUGCUAAGUUUCUCUCUAACAUUGUUGGAAUUUUUGGCUUGUUGCUUUAUUUCUUGAAGAGUUGCUGGAUAACAGCUUUUACAUUUCGCCUAAGAAAAUAAAAAAAUGCACCCGGACUUUAGUCUGGUGUUGCAAAAGUGUGCUUCAAAUCUAAGCUUAAAGCAUAAGCAGCCCUUGUUGUUUAUGAAUCCUGAAACGGCGGCCAUGAUGUCCUGUUCCACGGCUGAGUCCAUGCCGGUGCUUGGCAGAAACACCACCAGUAGCUCGCCCUCUAAAGAAGAGGGGGAAGAUAGUGAUGAUUUGGUGCGUAUUGUCAGCGAUGAUGACGAGGAGGAGGAGAACGAGGGCCAUGAGUUAGAGGAGGAAACCCAAAUAAUGGAAUUAGAGAAAAUAGCCUCGAAACGCUUAAGACUACCGCUUGAAAUUCAGCGACCCCCCCAGGCCGAGGAGGAUGAUGAUGACAUUAGCAUGUGCAGUGAGCUGUCAGUGGGUCAAGAGCAUACGGGGGAAGAAUCGCGUCGCUCUCAUGCCCAGCCAAACGCAGAAGAUGAGGAGAUAUUGGACAUAAGUGAUACGCAUUCAAAUUCUUCGGCGGAGGAGCGUAAUGCCACUCCUUCCACACCUGGCUCCGCGGAUCCCAUAAAUCCCUUUGCCUUGGCCAAUACUUUAAGGUUUCCGGUGCCAUUUUCCCUGCAGGCUCAUGGGGCGCCUGCAGUUGCUACAGUGGCAAACUCCACCUCUAUGUCGCCUUUCCAGGAGGAAUUUCUGCGUAAAUCUCAUCUGUAUGCCGAGGAGCUAAUGAAACAUCAAAUGCAAUUAAUGGCUGCCGCCAGGGCAAGUGCGUUUAGCCUACGCUCCCAGCACUUACACAAUGCCAGCAAUGCUUCUAUGACUCAUCACAGCCAAGCCUCAGGUCUGGGCCAUAUAAACCCUCUUAGCAAAAUAGGGCAAAUUAGUGCGGCAGCAGCUGCGGCGGCCCUAACCGCUGCGGCCGCUCAACACACCUCAAAGCCCGCUACAAGCCUGCCUCAACAAUAUCAACAUUUAGCCCAUCCACAGCCACAACCCCCGCCGCAUGCUCUAAUUCACCACCCCGCCAACCAUAUGGCAGUAGCGGCAGCAGCUGCGGCGGCGGCUUCUGCCUCCCACUCGCCCAGUGAUACUUUAGCCAAAUUGACAGCUUUAAGCAAACAGACAACCUCCUCUAGCACCACACAAAUGAUGUCCACCCUAAAUCAAUUGCAAACCCAAAUGCAGGCCCACUUGCCAGGACUGCUGCAUGACAAUAAUGAUAAUCUACAUGAGAGAGCUUUAAAAUUUAGCAUAGACAAUAUUCUUAAAGCGGAUUUUGGUCGAGGUCAAUCUCCUCCCCAGACAUUGAUGAUGAAGAAAUCCCAGGUGUCGCAACGUCAACGACAGAAAUUGAUAUCCUCCUCAUCUUCCUCGGCAGUUUCGCAGAGCACCUCGUCCAUGUUGAGUGAAGCUUUGGAGCAGCAUCAUCACCAUCAUCAUCAACUGAACAACAACAACAACAGCAGUAUUCCAGCCAGCGCACAAUCAUUUUCCUCCUCCCUGGCCUCCAUAUGUACAAAUAGCAAUGAUUCGAAUAGCACUGCGGUCAGCAGUAGUUACAGCAGUGCUAAUGGCACUGCAGGUGAUUUGGUCAAAUCCUCACCAUCACAGACACCUACGCUGUCGCCGGGUCUAACGGACAAAUCAAUAUCAUCGAAAUCUGCCAACGAGGAAGGAGCUGUAACUUCAACGGCCACCACUACCAGUGGGACGGGGGGCAGUGGUGGUCCCAUUGUCUGGCCUGCGUGGGUCUAUUGUACGCGCUACAGUGAUCGUCCUAGUUCAGCAAACAUCAUCAUUAUCAUUGCCAUCAUUAACAUAAAACCUCCAAUGAACGAAAGUGCCAACAACAACAUGUACCUUCACCACCACCAUCAUCAUACGAACACAAAUCACCAUCAUCAACCAUGCAAGAGAAUAACAAAUAACUUUAAUAGGCGUAAAUAUUGUGGAUUGCUCUAUGAGGAUGAUGAUAAUGACGAUGAUUAUGAGUAUGACGAAGAUGAUGAUUAUGAUGGUUACGGUGUUGUUGUAUUUAAUCUUUUUGCUCUGUUGUCUACUCUAUGCGAUUUGGGAUUUAUCAUAGUUGAUGGUUUCUUGUCAAUGAUUAAUGAAUUAAUUUGUGCGAGCGGUGGCGGCGGCGGCGGCGGCGACGGCGAAUCGCAUUGUACGAUGAAGUCGUAG